AUGCCAUUCAGGGUUGCCAUCCCAUCUCCAGGAUCUGUUGAUCGAGUUCAACCUUCAAUAUCGCCCGAGAUUCCUCCUAUUGCGUCAACUACCGGUCCUGCGCGCAUUCCAACGACGCCACUUGCUAUGACCCGUUGUGCCACUAAGGUUAUGGGCUGCGUUGAUGCUAAGCUGAGUAUUCUAUUAUCAACAAUUCUGACACUUUACAAUGGCCCGGAUGUCAUAACGCCGUUCUUUUGCAGUGAUUUCAGCUCGAAAAGUUAA